AUGCGUCUCCAUACAAUUGAGCUCUGGGCUGCACUCACUCUGGUAUCCGUCGAGGGUGACCCAGCAGCUGCCACGUCGGAGCUACCAACACCUAGCUCUGGACCUCCACCCCCUUCGUCAGCAAAUAACGCGAUCGGCUUCCAAUCCGAAAUAACAUCGAGAAGAGCAGAAAGCCCUGCUGCGGUCAGCGAAGAGAGGGGAAUCGAAGAAAUAUCUCUUGCUGCAUCUCGGAUAAGGCAAAUCGCUGAUAUGGAAGGUGGAGCAAGGACGACAAGAGCAGUGGACAAGGUGCGACUCGAAGACAAUGUCUCGGCUGCCGUGCUAAAGCAAGAGAGCCUCGCACCGCAGAAAAAAGUGCUCCUGACUGGGAACGCAAAGAAGCCAGGCGUGCCGUUGAGUGAAGAUUUGAUGGGAGUUUAUCUCCUUCAGAACGUGGUUGAUGAUCUCGUGCACGCGAGACAGUCUGCCUCAGAGAGGGAGAAGGAGCUUGCCGACAAGUGGUGGAAAGAAUUGUGCAAGUUGUUCGUGAGGAAUGACAAACCUAUUGCCGACGUUGCUGAACUGCUCAAGGUUGACGAACUCAAAGGUCUUACUAAUAAGCUAGAGAUGCUGAAAGAUUACAUCAGGAUCAGCACGACGGGCGGCCCUGACCCUUUUCUUGAAACCAUGAAGGCAAGCUUGGGCAACGAGGAGAAUUUGGUGUCGUUUAUAGGGCGGGCUCAGUUGAACGACGACGCAGAGCGUGGGGCAACAGAACUGGAGGGACUGCAACUUGCAAAAUGGCAAGCCGAAAACAAGGAUCCCGUAAAGUUGCUGGAAUCCAUGGAAAUGGACAAAAGCAUGGAUGCUCUGACUAGCCCAGGGCUGUACACGGUAAUGAAGUACAUCGAUGCGCAUAACGUGAAGCAUCCCGAUCGGAAAUUUUCAGUGCUCACGCCGGUCAGAGGGCGUUUAGGAGACGUAAAUGUACUGAAGGACCUUGUCGCUGCAAAGUUGAAUGGGCAAAGCAAAGUGACAGAAGGAUUUGCCAACAAGCUUCUAUUAGAGAUGAAGGAGCUCUACAAGGGCGAAGGCAAGUCGGAAAGUGAUAUUAGAGCGGCUUCGGGGAUCGUCAGCGUCAAAAGCGUACACAAUUGGGUCAAACACAAAUUGAAGAGGAACUAA